ACAUCCGGUUCCAAUGCCGUCCGAAGGGGAGGUGAAGAAGAAAAUGGCUCGCAAUCGCCGAGAAAACAGCAAUGCGAAAAGUGAGUCAGAUUCGGACGCCUCGAAUAAAGAAAACAAGAAAGAGAGAGGGAGAGAAAAGAAGAAGAGAAGUGCGUCUACAUCAAGUGGCAGUGGCAGUAGUAGUCGGAGCUCCUCAGACAGCAGCUCACGGUCAUCAAGUGGCUCAAGUUCAUCCCACAGCUCAAGCUCAGGAUCCACAUCACGUUCCAGUUCAUCUUCUAGCAGUUCAGGCAGUUCGAGCACUAGCUCAGGUGCAAGGGCUCGAGCCAAGCGCAGAGCCACCAGUGGUAGCCGUAGUCGCAGCAGAAGUGCAGAGCAGAAGAAAGUCAAAGAGAAGGAAGAGAAGAGAAAGAAACCAGAGAAACCAAAACCCAAAGCACGAUCCAGGUCUGCUUCCCCUCGUCGGAAACGUAAGGAACGUUCGCCCACGCCACGCCCCACAAAGAUUCAUGUGGGGCGCCUUACCCGCAAUGUUACACGGGAUCACAUUCUGGAAAUAUUUUCAACCUAUGGCACAGUGAAAAGUGUGGACUUCCCGCAAGAUAGACUACACACACAUACUGGGCGAGGUUUUGCUUACAUAGAAUUUGAGACUCCCAAUGAAGCAGAAAAUGCUAUGAAACACAUGGAUGGAGGACAGAUUGAUGGGCAGGAAAUUACUGCGGCGCCAGUGCUUCUACCAAAACCCAGGCCAGUGCCACCUCGUCGCAGCCCACCCAUGCCUCUACGAAGGCCACCUCCUCGCUGGGGACGUUCUCCACCUCGGUUAGUGUUUAGAUACCGCCGUCGCUCUCCACUGCCACCAAGAAGAAGAUCUCCACCCCCACGACGUCGCCCACGUACAAGGUCCCGUUCUCGGAGUCCUGCAAGGAGACGUCGAUACAGUCGUUCCAGUUCGAGCAGUUCUCGUUAAUUGAUGUAGCAUGACAGAGCUGUCUGGCAGUACUUUGCAUCAUGUGAAGACAGCAACUUGCUCUUGUAUAUAGCAAGCACUUCCAUGAGUAAACAGUGCCACUGCUAUGAGAAUGUGAUUCCACCUUCCAUAGAUCCAGAAUGCAUCCCUGAUGGUUUACUCCAGCUGCUUGGUCAAUUGUGCAGUCUGAAUAACUGCCCAGGGAUACUGUUUUUCUACUUGAAAUUCAGUACUUCUAUCUAAAUACAAAUGAGUUCUUUAGUUAGUUAGUUAGUGAAUUUCAGUUGUUCUCUUCAUAUAAAUGGGUUGCUUUGUUUGUGUUCCUACAUCCAUCGAUGUAAGUACAGACCAUUGCAGGUUAAGUAUGUGAAAUGACAGGUGACAGAUGUGUUAUAUACAAAGUGUAGUGUUAGUAUGUGAGUCUUUGCUUCAGGGUAUAGUUUUGAACCCUGCAUUCAAUUUGUAAAUUGUGCUGAAGAACUCUUGUAUUUUAUAUAAAGAAAAUGCUGAUUACUGAAAUAAAGAUAUUUCAA